AUGGCUUCCACGACAAUGCGGUUGCAUCCAAAUUCCACCGCCGUAACCGAAUCCGUUCCUCGCCGGAGCUCCAUUUCCGGAUUCAUCGGUUACAGAUCCUCGUCGUUGUUCAUCCGAACAAGCCUCGUCAAGUAUCGUUCUCUUGAGCAUAAUCUGAAUCUUAGGAGAAGAAGAAGCGUUUUCUCUGUGAAGUGUGUGUCUGGUAAUGAAGCUAAGCAGAAAGUCAAGGAUCAGGAAGUUCAACGAGAAGCUACAACCUCUCAGAGCGCAUUUGCACCAGAUACUACCUCCAUUGUGUCAAGUAUUAAGUAUCAUGCAGAGUUCACACCACUGUUUUCUCCGGAGAAAUUCGAGCUUCCACAAGCUUUCAUUGCAACUGCUCAGAGUGUUCGUGAUGCUCUCAUAAUAAAUUGGAAUGCUACUUAUGAUUACUAUGAGAAGCUGAAUGUUAAGCAGGCAUAUUACCUUUCAAUGGAAUUUUUACAGGGUAGAGCAUUAUUGAAUGCAAUUGGCAAUUUAGAGCUAACUGGUCCCUAUGCAGAGGCUUUGAGCCAGCUUAGUUAUAAAUUAGAAGAUGUGGCACACCAGGAGCCGGAUGCUGCACUCGGAAAUGGGGGUCUUGGACGCCUUGCUUCAUGUUUCUUGGACUCGUUGGCAACCUUGAAUUAUCCAGCAUGGGGUUAUGGACUGAGAUACAAGUAUGGCUUAUUCAAACAACGAAUCACCAAAGAUGGGCAAGAGGAAGUUGCUGAAGAUUGGCUUGAGAUGGGCAAUCCUUGGGAGAUCAUUAGAAAUGAUAUCUCAUACCCUGUAAAGUUCUAUGGCAAAGUUGUUUCAGGUUCAGAUGGUAAAAAACAUUGGGUUGGAGGAGAAGAUAUCAAAGCUGUUGCACACGAUGUCCCCAUACCUGGAUAUAAGACCAGAAGCACAAUUAACCUGAGACUUUGGUCUACAAAAGCUGCAUCCGAAGAAUUUGAUUUAAAUGCUUUUAAUUCUGGAAGGCACACUGAAGCAUCUGAGGCUCUAGCAAAUGCUGAAAAGAUUUGCUAUAUACUCUACCCUGGGGAUGAAUCUAUAGAGGGAAAAACCCUUCGCCUCAAGCAACAAUAUACUUUAUGUUCUGCUUCUCUUCAAGAUAUCAUUGCUCGUUUUGAGAGAAGAUCAGGGACAAGUGUGAAUUGGGAAAAAUUUCCUGAAAAGGUUGCAGUGCAGAUGAAUGAUACUCACCCAACUUUGUGCAUCCCAGAGCUGAUGAGAAUCCUGAUAGAUAUAAAGGGUUUAAGUUGGAAGGAUGCUUGGAAUAUCACCCAACGGACUGUAGCGUACACAAACCAUACUGUUCUUCCGGAGGCAUUAGAGAAAUGGAGCAUGGACCUCAUGGAGAAACUGCUUCCACGCCAUGUCGAGAUUAUAGAGAUGAUUGAUGAGGAGCUGAUUCGGACCAUAAUCGCAGAAUAUGGCACAGCAGAUUCCGACUUACUUGAUAAGAAAUUGAAGGAAAUGAGAAUACUAGAAAAUGUUGAAUUGCCUGCAGAAUUUGCUGAUAUACUAGUUAAAACCAAGGAGGCCACUGAUAUUUCUAGUGAGGAAGUGCAAAUUUCUAAAGAAGAAGGAGGAGAAGAAGAAGAAAAAGAAGGAGGAGGAAAAGAAGAAGACAGUAAUGAAGAUGAAGCGGAAAAAGCAAUUGCUGAAAAGGAUGGGACGGAUAAAAGCUCCAUUGAGGAUAAGAAAAAGGAGUUGCCUGAGCCAGUACCAGUACCGCCAAAAUUGGUUCGUAUGGCCAAUCUUUGUGUUGUGGGUGGUCAUGCAGUGAAUGGGGUUGCAGAGAUACAUAGUGAAAUUGUCAAGGAUGAUGUGUUCAAUGCAUUUUAUAAGUUGUGGCCCGAGAAAUUCCAAAACAAAACAAAUGGUGUGACGCCGAGGAGAUGGAUUAGGUUCUGCAAUCCAGAUUUGAGUAAAAUAAUAACUCAGUGGAUAGGCACAGAAGAUUGGGUCCUAAAUACUGAGAAACUGGCUGAACUGCGGAAGUUUGCAGAUAAUGAGGAUCUGCAAACACAAUGGAGGGAAGCAAAAAGGAAUAAUAAGGUGAAAGUUGCAGCAUUCCUCAAAGAAAGAACAGGAUAUUCUGUCAGUCCUGAUUCAAUGUUUGACAUCCAGGUGAAGAGAAUCCAUGAAUAUAAACGACAAUUAUUAAAUAUAUUUGGAAUUGUUUAUCGCUACAAGAAGAUGAAAGAGAUGAGUGCUGCUGAAAGAAAAAAAAAAUUUGUUCCAAGAGUUUGUAUAUUUGGGGGAAAAGCAUUUGCUACUUAUGUGCAAGCCAAAAGAAUUGUGAAAUUUAUUACAGAUGUUGGGGCUACUGUAAAUCAUGAUCCUGAAAUAGGAGAUCUUCUUAAGGUUAUUUUUGUCCCUGACUACAAUGUUAGUGUUGCGGAGAUGCUAAUUCCAGCCAGUGAAUUGUCACAACAUAUCAGUACUGCUGGAAUGGAGGCAAGUGGAACUAGCAACAUGAAAUUUGCAAUGAAUGGAUGCUUACAGAUUGGAACUUUGGAUGGGGCCAAUGUUGAAAUAAGGGAAGAAGUUGGUGCAGACAACUUCUUCCUCUUUGGUGCUAAGGCUCAUGAAAUUGUUGGGCUCAGGAAAGAAAGAGCAGAGGGAAAGUUUGUCCCUGAUCCACGAUUCGAAGAAGUUAAAAAAUUUGUCAGAAGUGGGGUUUUUGGGUCUUACAACUAUGAUGAACUGAUUGGAUCCUUAGAAGGAAAUGAAGGUUUUGGUCGAGCAGAUUAUUUUCUUGUGGCCAAGGACUUCCCUAGCUACUUAGAAUGCCAGGAGGAGGUUGACAAAGCUUAUCGCGACCAAAAAAAAUGGACAAGAAUGUCAAUAUUGAACACAGCAGGCUCAUCCAAGUUCAGCAGUGACCGUACCAUUCAUGAAUAUGCACGAGAAAUAUGGAACAUUGAGCCAGUCAAAUUGGAGUAG